AUGACUGGAAGAAAUGAUUGCGCUAUUGCUGAUGCUUUAGAGUCAGUGGCCUAUGCACUACACGGACAGCAGAAUCAGGAACGUGAUGAGUUCCGUUGGUUGAGAAAAUUUCAGAGGAACAAUCCGCCAAUGUUCAAGGGAAGAAGCGAUGGGCCGAUUUGUUAUAACGGGGGUGAGAUGGGUCAUAUCAGUACCAACUGUCAGAAGCCGAAAAAAGCACAAUUGGGAGGGAAAGCAUUUGCCUUGUCUAGGGAAGAUACUACUAGUGCUGACUGUUUGAUUCGAGGUUUGAAAUUAUCCUCUAUGGAUGGGAACAUGAUUGUUGAUACCCCGACUCUAGGUCUAGUACUCACUUUGUGGGCGGAGACUAAAGCCGUGUUGGACGAACUACAUGUGGUGAGCGAUUUUCCAGAAGUGUUUCUAGAUGAUAUUAGUAAUUUUCCGUUAGAGCGUGAGGUGGAGUUUUCUAUAGACUUAGUACAUGGUACUAGUCCGGUGUCGAUUGAUCCUUAUAGGAUGUUUGCUUUAGAAUUGGAUGAAUUGAAGAAGCGACUGGAAAAUCUGCUUGAGAAGAAGUUUGUUCGUCUGAAUGUUUCGUUGUGGGGUGCACUUGUGUUGUUAGUGAAGAAGAAGGACGGUAGUAUGAGGCUAUAUGUGGACUACCGACAGCUGAAUAAAGUGACUAUCAAGAACAAAUAUCCACUUCCUAGGAUUGAUGAUCUAAUGGAUCAGUUGAUAAGUGCUUGUGUGUUUAGCAUCCUCUCUCUCUCUCUCUCUCUCUCUCUCUCUCAAGGACAUCUUUACAUGCCCCAUGGCCAUGAAAAUCGACUUUGUACUCUCUUCGAAUUCAAGAAACUUCACUGA